AGCCUUUCCAGAAGAGUGGAGGCUGUUAUAGCAGCAAUGUUCCAACAUCUAGUGGAAAGCCUUCCCAGAAGAGUGGAGGCUGUUAUAGCAGCAAUGUUCCAACAUCUAGUGGAACUCCUUCCCAGAAGAGUGGAGGCUGUUAUAGCAGCAAUGUUCCAACAUCUAGUGGAAAGCCUUCCCAGAAGAGUGGAGGCUGUUAUAGCAGCAAUGUUCCUACAUCUAGUAGGAAAGCCUUCCCAGAAGAGUGGAGGCUGUUAUAGCAGCAAUGUUCCAACAUCUAGUGGAAAGCCUUCCCAGAAGAGUGGAGGCUGUUAUAGCAGCAAUGUUCCAACAUCUAGUGGAAAGCCUUCCCAGAAGAGUGGAGGCUGUUAUAGCAGCAAUGUUCCAACAUCUAGUAGAAAUCCUUCCCAGAAGAGUGGAGGCUGUUAUAGCAGCAAUGUUCCAACAUCUAGUGGAAAGCCUUCCCAGAAGAGUGGAGGCUGUUAUAGCAGCAAUGUUCCAACAUCUAGUGGAAAGCCUUCCCAGAAGAGUGGAGGCUGUUAUAGCAGCAAUGUUCCAACAUCUAGUGGAAAGCCUUCCCAGAAGAGUGGAGGCUGUUAUAGCAGCAAUGUUCCAACAUCUAGUGGAAAUCCUUCCCAGAAGAGUGGAGGCUGUUAUAGCAGCAAUGUUCCAACAUCUAGUGGAAAUCCUUCCCAGAAGAGUGGAGGCUGUUAUAGCAGCAAUGUUCCAACAUCUAGUGGAAAUCCUUCCCAGAAGAGUGGAGGCUGUUAUAGCAGCAAUGUUCCAACAUCUAGUGGAAAUCCUUCCCAGAAGAGUGGAGGCUGUUAUAGCAGCAAUGUUCCAACAUCUAGUGGAAAGCCUUCCCAGAAGAGUGGAGGCUGUUAUAGCAGCAAUGUACCAACAUCUAGUGGAAAGCCUUCCCAGAAGAGUGGAGACUGUUAUAGCAGCAAUGUUCCAACAUCUAGUGGAAAGCCUUCCCAGAAGAGUGGAGGCUGUUAUAGCAGCAAUGUCCCACCAUCUAGUGGAAAGCCUUUCCAGAAGAGUGGAGGCUGUUAUAGCAGCAAUGUUCCUACAUCUAGUGGAAAGCCUUCCCAGAAGAGUGGAGGCUGUUAUAGCAGCAAUGUUCCAACAUCUAGUGGAAAGCCUUCCCAGAAGAGUGGAGGCUGUUAUAGCAGCAAUGUUCCAACAUCUAGUGGAACUCCUUCCCAGAAGAGUGGAGGCUGUUAUAGCAGCAAUGUUCCAACAUCUAGUGGAAAGCCUUCCCAGAAGAGUGGAGGCUGUUAUAGCAGCAAUGUUCCUACAUCUAGUGGAAAGCCUUCCCAGAAGAGUGGAGGCUGUUAUAGCAGCAAUGUUCCAACAUCUAGUGGAAAGCCUUCCCAGAAGAGUGGAGGCUGUUAUAGCAGCAAUGUUCCAACAUCUAGUGGAAAGCCUUCCCAGAAGAGUGGAGGCUGUUAUAGCAGCAAUGUUCCAACAUCUAGUGGAACUCCUUCCCAGAAGAGUGGAGGCUGUUAUAGCAGCAAUGUUCCAACAUCUAGUGGAAAGCCUUCCCAGAAGAGUGGAGGCUGUUAUAGCAGCAAUGUUCCAACAUCUAGUGGAAAGCCUUCCCAGAAGAGUGGAGGCUGUUAUAGCAGCAAUGUUCCAACAUCUAGUGGAAAGCCUUCCCAGAAGAGUGGAGGCUGUUAUAGCAGCAAUGUUCCAACAUCUAGUGGAAAGCCUUCCCAGAAGAGUGGAGGCUGUUAUAGCAGCAAUGUUCCAACAUCUAGUGGAAAGCCUUCCCAGAAGAGUGGAGGCUGUUAUAGCAGCAAUGUUCCUACAUCUAGUGGAAAGCCUUCCCAGAAGAGUGGAGGCUGUUAUAGCAGCAAAGGAGGGACCAACUCCAUAUGAAUGUUCGACGAGCAGGUUUCCACACACUUUUGGUCAUGUAGUGUAUUAUUCUACCUGUGAUAGGAGGUAGCAGCCGCUAACACCUCUCCUGUCUCUUCUCUUAUUGGUGGAUUAUGAUGGCGUUUGUCAGGAUGGUGUGGCGAGGAUGUACCUGGACCACGAUAAACUUCCUUGUAUCGCUCCUGUAGAAGAAGGGGAGGUGGAGGCUGGUGGAACAUCCAGCAGACAGCAGUGUGUCAUCUCUAUCAGCCCCAAGAGUUGGAAGGAGAUAAUUGAGGUCUUUAGUAUCAGCGAGCCUCUGAUCCACCCUCCCAGCGCACAGCACACAGAAUGAUUACAGCCCCUUUUUUUAAACAUCAUCAUCAUCUUAUUGACUUUAACGCUGUAAAUAUUUUGUUUUCUAUAAAUAGUUGUUCACAGUUUUUAAAUUCAUGACAUUUAUUUGAUUAAAAAGAGAGAACCGAACUUGUUGUUUUACUUCAAGAAGAAGAAGAAACCUUUUUUUAUUGUAGCUUUUUAUUACAUUUACAUUUAAGUCAUUUAGCAGACGCUCUUAUCCAGAGCGACUUACAAAUUGGUGCAUUCACCUUAUGACAUCCAGUGGAACAGCCACUUUACAAUAGUGCAUCUAAAUCUUUUAAGGGGGGGGGGGUGAGAAGGAUUACUUUAUCCUAUCCUAGGUGACUGAGGGUAGAUUGCCUCUGCGUUGUGUUUAGAUUAGACUUAACAUAUAAGGAUCAGGGUUGGUGAUAUUGUAUUCUCUGAUAAUGACAGGAAAAUCUUCUAUGAACAAAUGCCGUGCUGCCUUUAUACGUUUGUAUUUAAUGUUUAACCCCCCCGUCCCCGCAGGAGGCCUUUCGCCUUUUGGCAGGCCGUCAUUUUAAAUAAGAAUUUGUUCUUAAAUUACUUGCCUAGUUAAAUAAAGGUUCAAUAUAUAUAAACAGUUCUGCAAAGUACACCCCACCCACCCCCCGUUAAAAAUAUAUAUUAACGAUAAAA